AUGCAGACCGAAGCGGAAGUGUUUGGGGCGGAGCACAUCACCAGCGGUGUUGGCCGCCUCACCGAAUAUGUGCUUGAAAAAGGCGAGGGAUCUUACGUGUUCACCGACCAAGGCAAGAAAUUGCUGGAUCUCACGUCGGGGAUUGGCGUCGUGAAUGUGGGCCAUUGCCAUCCCACCGUGACGAAAGCGGCGCAGUCGCAGUGCGGGAAAAUCACGCAUGCCCAAGUCAACAUCACGUACAGCGCGGCACAGAUUACGCUGCUGCGCGCGCUGCUCGACGUGAUGCCGUUCAAAGAGCUCGAUACGUUUUUCCUCACCAACUCGGGGUCCGAGGCCAUCGAGUCAUGCGUCCGCAUCGUGCGCACGGUCACCAAACGCCCGAAUGUGAUUGUCGUCCAGGGCUCUUAUCACGGCCGCACGGCCGGCGCUGCGGCCAUGACGCGCAGCAAGACGGUGUACAGCAUGGGCGGCCAUCCGUUGAUGGGCGGCGUGUUUGCCACCGCCUUUCCAUUUUACGCCCAGCAGGGCGAGCCUGUGGACACGCCCGAAGAACAGCUCUCUCAAAAGGCACUUGCGCAGCUCCGUCUGCUGCUCGAGCAGCAGACUGCACCUUGCGACACGGCCGCUAUUUUUAUCGAGACCGUACUUGGCGAAGGCGGCUACGUGCCCGCCCCAGCGUCGUUCCUCCAAGGCGUCCGUGCGAUCUGUGACGAACACGGGAUCUUGUACGUGGCCGACGAGAUCCAGAGUGGGUACGGCCGUACCGGGACCAUGUUUGCCGUGGAGCGAAUCGGCGUGCGCCCCGACAUCAUGGUGAUGGCGAAAGGCCUUGCAAAUGGAUUCCCACUCAGCUGCGUUGUGGGGUCUAAGGAAAUUAUGAAGAAACUGCCUGCGGGCACACUUGGCGGCACGUACGCAGGCAACGCGGUGGCGUGCGCCGCUGCCACCGCGGUCCUAGACGUCUUUCGUGACGAGCGCGUGCUGGAGAAUGUCGCAAAGCGGAGCGAGCAGCUACUCGCCGGCCUAGACGCCAUUCGCCACACGCCUGCUGGCCAGACGAUUGAGCAGAUUCGUGGCCACGGACUCAUGAUUGGAAUUCAGUUCAAGCCGCACGACGUGUCGAUCGGCGGCAUGCUUGCACAGGCUUGUGUCGAGCACGGGAUGCUGGUCCUGACUACGAGCAUCUUUGACGUCAUACGCCUGGUCCCGCCAUUGACCAUCACCGAAUCGGAAAUGGACGAGGCGCUUCGCAUCCUGUGCGCCGCGUUCGAGGCCGUGGGCCAGCGCCUCGGCGCGGCGCGCGCCACCUCCACAAUGUAG